AUGGUCAGCUUAGACCUCAUCAACGAUACUGGAAAUAUUAACUGUGUUGCAUACGAAGAUGUUGCGUUCACAGUGCUAGGUUGCGAUGGCGCUUCACUUGAACGCAAGGGCGACCACGCUAUCAACAAAUACUGUGAAAGCCGCAACGACACUAUCAAAGGAAGCAGAUUCAUGAUUGCCGUGAAGAAGAAGCACUCUAAUUCUGCAAAAUUUAAUAACUUCAGCUACACCAUCAAUGCUGUUCAAACACCAGCUACAUCUCCCACAGGUUCAUCAGAAGUGGAAACCACCGAAGUAAGUAUGGGAAUUACGAAGACAUCGUUGACACCCAUACUUGAUGGUCUGAAAACUUCCACUGACACUGGAGAGAGCUCAGAAACAUCUCCACGAAAGGAGCUGUUCCCACUUCUAGAUGCCGAUGCAAGCGUUCCGCCAACUGAAAUGCCAGGCCCAGACGUUCACGCGAAAAACCCCGCAAAGAAGAUCCGCAUAGUCGAAAAUAAUAGGACUCUCAAUGGAGUCAGAAAUAACGACACUCUUGAUGAAGUCGAAAAUAACGGCACUCUCAAUGAAGUCGGAAAUAACAGGACUCUCCAUGGAGUCGAAAAUAACGACACCCUCUAUGGAGUCGAAAGUAACAGCACUCUCAAUGGAAUCGAAAAUAACGACACUCUCUAUGGAUUCGAAAAUAACAGCACUCUCGAUGGAGUCGAAAAUAACAACACUCUCUAUGGAGUCGAAAGUAACAGCACUCUCAAUGGAAUCGAAAAUAACGACACUCUCUAUGGAGUCGAAAAUAACAGCACUCUCGAUGGAGUCGAAAAUAACAAGACUUUCGAUGGAGUGGGAAAUAACAGCACUCUCGCUGGAGUCGAAAAUAACGACACUCUCAAUAAAAUCGAAAAUAACGGCACUUUCGAUGAAGUCGGAAAUAACAGAACUCUCGAUGGAGUCAGAAAUAACGGCACUCUCGGUGGAGUCGAAAAUAACGACACUCUCAAUGAAAUCGAAAAUAACGGCACUUUCGAUGGAGUCGGAAAUAACAGACUCUCGAUGGAGUCAGAAAUAAUGGCACUUUCGAUGGAGUCGGAAAUAACAGGACUCUUGAUGCAGUCAGAAACAUGGCUCUGGAGAAAAUCUUCAGCGGACGGAUUGCAAACAGUUGCGUAG